CGCGCGUGCGCGGUGGCGACACGGAGCGCUGACUGGGUCCGAGCAGUGCAGCCGCGAGCCGCCGGACUCGGGGUGGCACUGAGGUGGCGGGGACUAGCGGCGGCCGGGCAGCUGGACAUCCCGCGCCGGGCUGGGCAGAUGUUUCUGGACCAGAUGCAGCCUGAGGAGCUUUCCAGCUGUAAGACAAUAAGCUAGGAAGCCUUCUGAGUGUGGAUUUGCAGAAGACUUGCCCCGCCUCUCCACACAAUGUCAGGAAACCACAUACCUUCUGCCAGUGGCCCCUUCUCAGCCCUGACUCCGAGCAUGUGGCCCCAGGAAACGUUGGCCAAGUACACGCAGAAGGAAGAGUCAGUGGAACAACCAGAGUUCUGCUACGAUGAGUUUGGUUUCCGCGUGGACAAGGAAGACGGUGCCAACCCCAGUUCCAGCAAGCUGCCAGGUGCGUCUCUGUUGGAGGACCCUCCACAGAGGCUGCGGUGGCAGGCCCACCUGGAGUUCACCCAUAACCACGAUGUGGGGGAUCUCACCUGGGACAAGAUUGCUGUCUCUCUGCCCCGCUCUGAGAAGCUUCGCUCCCUGGUGCUGGCCGGCAUCCCGCACAGCAUGAGGCCACAGCUGUGGAUGCGGCUCUCCGGGGCCCUGCAGAAGAAGAGGAAUUCUGAGCUGUCCUACCGGGAGAUGGUGAAGAACAGCUCCAAUGAUGAGACCAUUGCUGCCAAACAGAUUGAGAAGGACCUGCUCCGCACCAUGCCCAGCAACGCCUGCUUCGCCAACGUGAGCAGCAUCGGGGUACCCCGCCUGCGCAGGGUUCUCCGAGCCCUGGCCUGGCUCUACCCGGAGAUCGGCUACUGCCAGGGCACAGGCAUGGUGGCUGCCUGCCUCCUGCUGUUCCUGGAGGAGGAGGACGCUUUCUGGAUGAUGUGCGCCAUCAUCGAGGACCUGCUCCCUGCCUCCUACUUCAGCACCACUCUGCUGGGUGUCCAGACAGACCAGCGGGUCCUGCGCCACCUCAUCGUCCAGUACCUGCCCCGCUUGGACAAGCUGCUCCAGGAGCAUGACAUUGCUCGUGUACCUGGGGAACGCCCCCCCUUCAGGCUGCCGCAUGCUGGCUGUCCCUGGUUCCAGCCACAGAGGCUCUGGUCCGUAUCCGCAGAACUGUCCCUGAUCACGCUGCACUGGUUCCUCACGGCCUUCGCCAGCGUGGUGCACGUCAAGCUGCUGCUGCGCCUCUGGGACCUGUUCUUCUACGAGGGCUCCCUGGUGCUCUUCCAGACCACGCUGGGCAUGCUGCGGCUCAAGGAGGAGGAGCUGAUCCAGUCGGAGAACUCGGCCUCCAUCUUCAACACGCUGUCAGACAUACCUUCACAGAUUGAGGACGCGGAGCUGCUGCUGGGGGAGGCCAUGCGGCUGGCUGGCUCCCUCACGGACGUGGCUGUGGAGACGCAGCGCCGCAAGCACCUGGCCUACCUCAUUGCAGACCAGGGCCAGCUCCUGGGGACCAGUGCCACCACCAACCUCUCGCAGGUGGUACGUCGCAGGACCCAGCGGAGGAAGUCCGGCAUCACCUCCCUGCUCUUUGGGGAGGACGACCUGGAGGCGCUCAAGGCCAAGAACAUCAAGCAGACGGAACUGGUAGCUGACCUCCGGGAAGCCAUCCUGCGUGUCGCACGCCAUUUCCAGUGCACAGACCCCAAAAACUGUAGUGUGGAGCUGAGCCCGGACUACAGCAUGGAGAGCCACCAGCGGGACCAUGAGAACUACGUGGCAUGCUCACGCAGCCACCGGCGCCGGGCCAAGGCCCUGUUGGACUUCGAGCGACAUGACGACGAUGAAUUGGGCUUCCGCAAGAAUGACAUCAUCACGAUCAUCUCUCAGAAGGAUGAGCACUGCUGGGUCGGGGAGCUGAACGGCCUGAGAGGCUGGUUUCCGGCCAAGUUUGUGGAAAUCCUGGAUGAAAGGAGUAAAGAGUAUUCCAUCGCGGGGGACGACGCUGUGACAGAGGGGGUCACGGAUCUCGUACGAGGGACCCUCUGCCCAGCUCUCAAGGCCCUGUUUGAACAUGGGCUGAAGAAGCCGUCCCUGCUUGGGGGCGCCUGCCACCCAUGGCUGUUUAUCGAGGAGGCAGCAGGCCGGGAGGUAGAGAGAGACUUCGACUCGGUGUAUUCGCGCCUGGUGCUGUGUAAGACGUACAGGUUGGAUGAAGAUGGCAAAGUCCUGACCCCAGAGGAGCUGCUCUACCGGGCUGUGCAGUCUGUGAACGUGACCCACGACGCUGCACACGCACAAAUGGACGUCAAGCUCCGGUCCCUCAUCUGCGUGGGGCUCAACGAGCAGGUCUUGCACCUGUGGCUAGAGGUGCUCUGCUCCAGCCUGCCUACUGUGGAGAAGUGGUACCAGCCCUGGUCCUUCCUGCGCAGCCCUGGCUGGGUCCAGAUCAAGUGCGAGCUCCGCGUCCUCUGCUGCUUUGCCUUCAGCCUCUCCCAGGACUGGGAACUUCCUGUGAAGAGAGAGGAGGAGAAGAAGCCACUGAAGGAGGGUGUUCAGGACAUGCUAGUGAAGCACCACCUCUUCAGCUGGGACAUAGACGGGUGAUGCUCUUCCUCCAGCGGUCCUGUCAAGCCCAGGCCUCCCCCAGCCUGCUGGCUACCGAGCAGCCCCUUCCUCAAGGAGAGAACAGCACAGUCCUGGCCAGUCUUGGGCCUGCUUUGGGAUGGGGUGUGAGGUGGCCCGGGCCCAUUCCAAGCUGUGGAGGUCAAGGGAAAGAGACACUGGAGCUCUGGCCAGGCACCAUGGCACGGUAAACGGGGACACCACCUGGAAUGCCCAGCAGCGUCACUAGAGGACGGUGGGUGGCAGGAGCAGAAGGUAGGGCUGAGCUGGCUUCUCCCAGUGCCUAAGGGACUGCUCUGCCCGGGUCUUUACAGAGGCCCCGGGCCCCAGCUUCACAGUUUGUACCAGCCAGAGACCUUGUGAGGAGGAGGAGAGCCAGCCAUUUUUGCUCAGGAAGGGGACGGGGGUGGCCAAAGGCUCCUUGGCCUCUUUGGUUUGUCAAUAAAUUGUGUCCUUGGGAAA